AUGCGGUUUGCAUUAACAUUUUCUCUUAGGGAGAUACUCAUCAUGGGAGGGUGUCUCUGCCUGUUCCGUGGCCUCCUCGUCCUCCAACCCCAACCCCUGAAAGCGCUUAAAUCAUAUCUAUCUAUCUAUCUAUCUAUCUAUCUAUCUAUCUAUCUAUCUCAGUUUGUUCAUGUAACUUUCUUUCUCUCUCUUUCUCUCGCUCUAUCUAUCUAUCUAUCUAUCUAUCUAUCUAUCUAUCUAUCUAUCUAUCUUAGACCGUUCAUAUCUAUAAGCAUCUAUCUAUCUAUCUAUCUAUCUAUCUAUCUAUCUAUCUAUCUAUCUAUCUAUCUAUGUGUGUGUAUGUGUGUGUGUUAUGAGAAUCGAAGUCACUGCCCUCGCGAGAUGGUCUGCAAGAAGUACUUUCUGACCCUCGCUUCACGGCAGGCACCUAAUUUGCUUAAACCUGACCAGUGA